AUGACGAAGAUGACGAGACAAAAACAACACUUUCCUUCCUUUGCUACCACCGUCUCUGCGUUAGGUAUUCUUCUGUAUUGCAUUGGGUUUUCAAGAGUUGAAUUAGAGUUGAACAAUCAGAAGAAAAGAUUGAAUGCGCUUGAAAACAAACCGGAGACAAAACCACCAUCCAGCGAUUCAAACGUCGUCAAAAUCAUCAAGGAUGCUCGCGGUAUGUACAAAGUUUGUUCUUCUCGUUCUACGCAGCCUUUGAACAUAGUUUACAAUUUCAUUAAUUCCGAAAGGUCUCUUACCAUCUUAAAAAAAAAACAUUCUACGAUGAUUAAUUUAGCAUACUUAAACUGUCUUUUGAUCACCAUUUACUCGCGAUUGAGUGUUCCUGCACUGGUAGCGCAAGCACACUAUCAGAGCGCUGAGCAACACUACGUACCCUACUCACUAUUUUAUUACUCAUGCAGUAUUAACGAUUCAGUAUUAAAACGUAACUUUGUUUGAGAAAUUUAUUUUGUUUUUCAAUAAAUAAGCAAAAUGUGCAUGAAUGUUCCCUUUUAAGCUUACCUUUAACGUUUUCUUCUGUUUAUUUGUUUGUCGACUGCGUUUCAGGCGUCUUAGAAAUACCUUUUUUGAGCGAGGGACUGGUUUUCACUCAGAUGAGCGAAGAGAGAAAAGAAGGAAAGACUGCACGGGGCUUUCAUAGUUUAAGCUUUGCGUUACCUUCUUGUGUUUCCUGUUCGCAAAGAAGCUAAACAUUACACCGAGGUUAAUUCGUUUCCUUUUUGGCAACAGGCCGUACGUAACUAAUUUUUCCAUGCUUAAUCAAUAACUGGUAAAAGAAACCAUGGUCUUGAAAUAUAAUUUUUGCUUCACUUGUUUCCUCAUUAUUACAGCUUGAUACUGAGCGAACAAUUGAAUGAAAAUUUUUAAAUUUUUAUUAGCAGAAUUUUACACCGAUGAACAUCAUCGAGCCAGACGACAAGCGAAUUCAGGUAAGUAAUAACAACAACCACCAUAAUUAAAGAAGUUCAUAAACUUUUAUCAGAGGGGAGACCGCGACUAGGCUUUGAUAGAUUUUUCUCGCAAAAGUAGCAUAAUAUGCUACUAGAAGUGCUCGUAGUUUUCUUAAAUGAUGCUGUAAAGUAAUUAUGCUAGUUUUUGUAAAUCAUGCUCAUUUUAGCAAAAAAUGCAGAAAUUUUGAUUCUACUUUUUACUUUAAAUAAUUUUGGACAAAACACCUCAAGUAAACAAACAAGUAAACGGCAAACAUAUUUACCCUAAUUACAACUAAAAAACUUAACUAGGGCAUAAUUCAUUUUAAAAAGGUAUUUGCAGUGAUAGGUGAAUAGAGAAAGGUAAACCACUGAAACAACAAAACUGUCUGACAACUAUAAAAACUCAAACAAUUAACAACCAGCACACGGACACCAUCUUGGUUAACCGAAAGAUUCCAGGGUCACUUCCUGUAGGAUCGAGGUCCUAUGAAUGUGAUAAUAAGAGGACAAAGAAAUUAUUUUGUUGCUUAACCUUGCCUGUAACACACUGAUCGUCGGCCAAAAAAGUUUGUUGCGUGAUCAAUAAAUGACAAUUUUGCGCUGCAAAACUAACCAAAAUUGCGAGUUAUACUAGCGGCGCUUUUUUUCGGAAAAUAUAUGUAGACUAUUCUCCUAUUAUUCUCGAAUUAUGCCAAAAAUUAUGCCUGCAAGCACAAUCUAUCAAAGCCUAACUCAACUUUGCAACAACAAGUGACACAUGUUUUUCAGGUCUCCCAGGUCCACCCGGUCCUCCGGGGCCGAGAGGAGAGAAGGGAGAUCGGGGACGAAAAGGAAAGAAGGGAAAACGAGGAACCAAAGGAGAUAGAGGUAUUAUGGGAUCACCAGGAAAAAACGGGAAGCAAGGAAUCAUGGGACCUGCAGGACCCAAAGGUGAUCCAGGACUCAAAGGGCAAAAAGGGGACGCAGGGCCCGCUGGCAUGUCGGGAACGAAAGGAGAGCCUGGUGAAUCGAUUUCAGCUCCUGUUGUUGCCGUUUCCCCAACAAACCGGACUGUAAACGAAAGUGGAACAGCGUCAUUCCAGUGUUCAGUGAGCGGUAACCCUGAGCCUGCAGUAGUGUGGAGUAAAAGGGGUAACCUUUCUGAAGUAAGUGAGUCAGCGGUUUCAAAAGGGAGAUUGCUGUUAAAGAAUGUAAAAGCAAAUGACUCGGGUGAAUACCAAUGCUCAGCAACAAACAUCUUAGGACAUGCGCAAACACUGGUGUAGCUCGUUGUAAAUGGUGAGUUUAUAUAAAAUAUAAUCUGGUAAAGAUUCACUCCAAAAGAUGACCAAUACACUGAUUAUGUCAUUCACUUGGACUUGACAGUUUGCUUCUAGUCUAGUUUCCCUUGUCACAAUGGUAUUUGUAUCACAGUGAUAGGUGUAUCCCGGAUAGGGAUACAAUAAACACUAAUAGUAUCUGGCCGUAUCCGCGACGCUAGAAUAAUAAUAAAAGUGGCGGCUUAAGAGGAAACAAAUGAUUGUUUUGUUUUCAGUUAGAUUCUUAAACACUGUAUCCGACACUUUGUCAAGGAGACGAAGAGAAAAUGUCGAAGAUUCGGCUCAGUUCUCACUUACCUCCAGGGCUGUGUAUUUGACACAAACCGCAGUACGCGGUAACGCGGGGGAUACAUAUAUAACUGAACCCAAUCUUGCUUAAGGAUAUUUCUUCAGUCACGAUCACCUAACACAAUUCCUAACACAACCACGUAAUCCAGAGAUCAAACCAAAUGAGAAGGUGGAAUAUUGUGGCGCUCUCGGGGGAUACACAUGUAAAUGAAUCAGAGCAGAGAUAUGUGUAUCCCCUUCUCUUGUCGAAUGAAAUUACGUACAUAACUUAUUUAACACGACCAGUGACAUAUAUAAUCAUGUUGGAUGAGAGGAAUGACAACGAAUGUUUACAUCAACAUUGCGGCUCCCGAAGAAGUGAACUCGCCAGAAAUAACUUUGUUUGGUGUAUUUGGUUCAAGACGAGGACUUCAAGCUAACCAGGGAACUGUCGGAAAAAGCGCAAUAUCCCCACAACCAGGCAAUCGAAAACGAAUUAAAUGAAGCAAUACUGCUUAUUUGAAUAAAAGAAGCUUUAUGUUCAAGAUAAAAUUUUGUGUGUUUCAAGUAACAACGACUUCAUUCUGUAAGAAGGGGAUUCGCAACCAGUAAAAUUCCCCAGUUUAAGAGCCUGCUGACGCGUAAACAAGCACGGUGACCCCAUCUUUUUGUUGCAUUUUUUUAAUGUUCGUAUCAUGAAUGUAGAACAAUUUCAAGGGAAUUACCUUAAAUGACUGAUGCAGCCGUGAAUAGUUAAGCCGCUGAUCUUUGAAAAUACCGAUGAUUCGAGGGACGCCGUUGUACUCCUGGUAUACGUUUUUUAGCUCCUAAUCGCACUGUAAGUUGCAUGUUUAUAUUUCAAUGAUUGAUUUGAAACUCAAAAUUUAGAUUAAAAUGAAACUGCAUUAUGUCAAUCGUGACUUUGAAGUGGAGGUAGAGAAUCCUAUGGCUCUGCAGUGGAACCCUGUUCUAACCGAGCGUUAAAGUGUUAAAGUGUCCUUUUUAUCCGGGCUUACCGUAAUGAGAGGGUUCUCCAAAAAUAAAAAUAAAAAUAAUAAUAAUAAUAAUAAUAAUAACAAUAACAAUAAAACGUCAGGAACACAUGUUUUAUCGAUCUAAAGACUAAACAGGGGCACCCAACGACGGUUUACUCUUUUAUACUUCUACGUGAAAAAAUUUUUGCAUUUGAUUGGCUUAGAGCAGUGGUAUCUCAGCUUAAUUUGAAAUACCUACAUGUGAAAAUUACAAAACCUUUUCGGGUAGUAGUAUAAACAAAUAAUAUAGAGAUUAAGAUUCACGUUUACGGCAAACGGCAAACGUGAAUUUGUACCACGUGACCAUGUUUUCCCCUUAAUUGUCGUUUACUGUUUAUUACUUCUACACAGAAAUAAGUAGUUAACCGUCAGUUUUAUCCAGAAGAAUUGUUCUGGACAAUUUUUAUCUGCUUCUUUUCUAUUCUGAGAAAUUCCCAACUUGAAUCUGACGUUUGCCGUUUGCCGUAAACAUUCGCCUAACAGUUCGUGAAAUUACGUAUAAUAGCAAUUUUGAAUUAUCACUCGUGUUAUUUAUGCCAAAUAUCACUACAAAUCAUGUUACUACAGAUAUAUUGAAGGCCAUCCAGAGUUCUUUAGAAAAGCAUUCUAAGCGGCGCUAUAAAAUUUAUAUCUGUUCGGGUGUCCUUGGGCAACUUGAGUCUUUUGGAAAUUGCAAGGGCUUGAGUAUUAUUUUGCCGAACAUUUUAUGUAAAAAAUUUGAGGUUUUACAAAAGUUAGGCAGUUUCUAAUUUUUGUCUCCCCCACAUUUUUGAAUCCGAAAAUUUUAGGUUUCCUCUUUUAAACUGCACACAAAUGGAACGGAAAUUUUUAGCCGUCCUCAAGAAACAAAAAAUUCUAGGCAAUAUUUGCUUCUCCGAAAAAAUACUUGACAGAAAUCAGUCGUUGGAUGGUCCUUACUAAAAGAAACAUUUUUACCAGGAAACUUUGUUAUCUUUAACUUUAACGAUUUUCCUGUUAAGAAACCCGACGAUUGUUUAUCAAAGUCUCAGAUUAAAACCACCUUUCAAGUAUUUCAGUGUCUUGAAAAACGUCAAUGGAAUCCGUAACUUUACUUUGUACUGACGCUUUUGGUUUAGUAUGCGACUCAGCAAGGUGGACUGAACAAUGGACAGAACGUUUGAAAGGUCAUUGGUUGUUUCUGCCAGAUUUUCACUGGUAACGCAUUCAGUCAUAGACAGUGCGCAGAUAAUCAGUGUCCGUCAAGCGAGCCUUUGACGAGAAUAUGUCACUCGGAACAAGUGCCCGUUGUCCUUAUUAAUCGGUGUCCGUAUUAACCGGGUUGAAUUUAGAGAAAAUGUGUGAACUUUUUGUUAGGACAAACAAAACUAUCCGUUAUAUACCCACAGGUGUCCGUAUUAAUAGGGUGUCCGUAGAUUGGAGUUCCACUGUCAUAGAAAUUUACUUGGUAGACGUUUUUCAUUCUGUUAUAGGUCAAGACUGUUUAUCGCUGCUAAAAUAAAGCCGUUACUGUUGUUUAUUCUCUACAGAUUGUUCUGAUUUGUUAAAAUCAAGCCAUACUCAGAGUGGAGUGUACUCUGUGAACCCAGACGGUAAAGGAUCCUUCAACGUAUAUUGUGACAUGCGCACUGAUGGUGGAGGAUGGACCGUGUUCCAGAGAAGACAAGAUGGCUCGGUGGACUUCUAUCGCGGAUGGAACGAUUACAAAUCAGGCUUUGGUCAGCUGACGGCUGAGUUCUGGUUGGGAAACGACAAGAUCCACAGGCUGACGGCAGCUAGACCCAGCUCUCUAAGAGUAGAGCUAGAGGACUGGAACGGAGUAAGAGUGUUUGCUAAAUAUGGCAAGUUCAAGAUUGGUGAUGAGCAGGUGAAGUAUCGACUUGAAGUGGGUUCAUAUUCGGGGACAGCAGGAGAUUCGUUAACAUAUCAUAAUAAUAUGGCGUUUAGCACACAAGACAGAGAUAAUGACGGAAGCAGUAGUAACUGUGCUGUGUUAUUCACUGGUGGUACAACAGAUGCCACAGCUCCAAUCUAA